GCGAAUCCAGCGGGGGAGAAGCCGGCUCUUCCCCUUCCUGCUGCUCCCGCUUGGGGUGUUGCCUCUGCCCCGUUCAACGUUGCGUGGCUCCUCCCAAGGGCUGCAAGAAGAAGCCAACGGUACUUGGGUUGAAAAGAAGACUUGGCCUUUAGAUUGAGUUGCCUUUUUAACGACCGGAUCGUCUUUUGGAUCUCGUGGGUCCCUUCCUGCUUUGAUCACACUCCCCCCCCGCCCGGCUUUGUCGUUGAAGGCUCUUCAGUGCUGCGCGAUGCUUGGUCUCCUGGGUGGCUGGGUCUUCCCGGCGGCUGCCUGCCAAGCGCCCGAAAGCCAGGCGAGGUACGAGAACCUCUUCCAGAAGCUAGAUCGGAACCAGGAUGGCCGAGUGGACAUCGCCGAGCUGCAAAGCGGCCUUAAGGAGCUGGGCAUCCCUCUGGGAGACGAGGCGGAGAAGAAAAUUUUCAGAGCUGGCGACACUAAUCAAGAUGGAAGACUGGACUUUGAAGAAUUUACAACUUAUCUUAAAGACCACGAGAAGAAAAUGAAACUUGCAUUUAAAAGUCUGGACAAAAAUAAUGAUGGUGUAAUUGAAGCCUCAGAGAUUGUUCAGUCCCUGAAGAUAUUGGGCAUAGAUGUUUCUGAAAAGCAGGCGGGCAAGAUUCUUCAAAGCAUGGACGCCGAUGGGACAAUGUCAGUGGACUGGAAUGAAUGGCGGGAUCAUUUUCUCUUUAAUCCCGCUACGGACAUUCAAGGAAUCGUCCGUUAUUGGAAACAUUCCACAGUGUUAGAUAUUGGAGAUAGUUUAACCAUCCCCGAUGAAUUCACCGAAGAAGAGAAAAAGACCGGCCAGUGGUGGAAACAGCUUUCGUCAGGCGCAGUAGCUGGGGCUGUGUCUCGAACAGGCACCGCACCCCUGGAUCGUCUCAAAGUUAUGAUGCAGGUUCAUGGCUCAAAGGGAAAAAUGAACAUAGCUGGAGGCUUGAAACAAAUGGUGAAAGAAGGAGGGGUCCGUUCCCUUUGGAGGGGAAAUGGUGUGAAUGUUGUCAAAAUCGCACCCGAAACAGCUAUCAAGUUCUGGGCCUAUGAACGGUAUAAGAAAAUGUUUGUUAACGAAGAAGGAAAAAUAGGAACUAUUGAACGAUUUAUAUCUGGUUCUAUGGCUGGAGCAACAGCACAGACGUCUAUUUAUCCCAUGGAGGUGUUAAAAACAAGACUGGCAGUGGGUAAAACUGGACAAUAUUCUGGGAUGUUUGACUGUGCUAAGAAGAUUUUAAAAACGGAAGGGGUGAAAGCCUUUUACAAAGGUUAUAUUCCUAAUAUUUUGGGAAUAAUUCCAUAUGCUGGCAUCGAUCUGGCUAUUUAUGAGGCAUUGAAGAAGACGUGGUUAGAAAAAUAUGCCACAGAUUCUGCCAACCCGGGCAUAUUAGUAUUACUUGGAUGUGGUACUUUAUCCAGUACCUGUGGCCAGUUGGCCAGUUAUCCACUUGCUCUUAUCCGAACUCGAAUGCAGGCUCAAGCAAUGGUGGAAAGUGGCCCUCAGCUAAACAUGGUUGGCCUUUUCCAAAAAAUUAUUGCCAAAGAAGGAUUCUUUGGACUAUACAGAGGCAUCGCCCCAAACUUCAUGAAGGUCCUUCCUGCUGUCAGCAUCAGUUACGUGGUGUAUGAAAAGAUGAAGGAAAACUUGGGAAUAGCAUAAAAGAAAGAGAUGCCACAUGAGAGACUCAAGGAUGAAAUCCUCUUGGAGGCUAAAUUCAUGUUUACAAUGAGCUACAAUUCCUCUAUGCAAAAAUUCUGCAAGUCUUAACUUUAUGAAGUCUUGGUGGAAUAAAAACAAAUGUGUUUUCUGAAUAUCGCUAGGUAAUGAGAAAAUUGUCAAGAAAUAUUUCAUUGCUCAUGUAGCUGCUUGUUGGAAAAGUUUGAGGAUGUCAUAAUUAUUUUCCCAACAUAUAUAUUAUUGCGUUAAAGCUAUGCAAACGCUCUGUAAUGAUAAUUUGCCUUUGAUUGUCUAGUGGGCAAUUUAUGAUCAUUCUGAACACCCACUAUUAUUUUGCAGGUAUCUCUUGUUCAUAAUUCUUUUCUUUUUUGUUAAGCUUCUUUUAUAAACGAAAAAUGAUUCAGAAAGUCAUAAAAUGUCGCAUCGAUACAUUUAUUUGUUCAAUUCCCCUUAUAACAAAUGAACAGAAAGCGCUUGAAAUGAAACGAAUGUAUUUGCACAUUGAUUAGUCAUAUAUAUAUAUAGAACAUGCCUAGGUGGGAUCUGUUUUUCCAAACAUUAAUCUUGGAAAAUUGAUGAGGAUAGGGACCAAUUCAGACACAUGGAACUGACAUAUUAAUCGAAGUGAAAGUUACUGCUAUUUACAAAAGAUUAAUAAUUGAUACAGUUUGCGUGCUUGUUCAACCUUCUAUUCCUGAUUUAUAUGAAUGGAAGUAAUCAAGACAUAUGUUUAACCUAGCAAGUAUUAAUAUCCUUAAAACAAUUAUCUAAUUUGUUAAAAAGUUUCUUAAAUGUCUUCUUUUUGUAUCCUCCCAUCUUCCACAGUUGCUGAUCAAAUCCUAUGCUUUUCAGUGCUAAUGAGUUCUUUAGCUGGAUUUGUUUUCUCUUCCAAGACAGAAAAUUCUUGGGUUUUCUUUUAUUACCCAAAGGAAGGGAAAAAAAGGAUAUUCUUACAUUUUCCUUCUCACUUAAAUUCCUUUCUCUCACUAACACUUGAACCAUCUUUUCCUCUCUGCAGUGAUACUUAAUCCAGGUCUCAAUCUUAAUCCAGGUCUGUUAAAUCAGUGGUCUCCAACCUUGGCCACUUUAAGACCUGUGGCAAAGCUGGCUGAGGAACUCUGGGAGUUGAAGUCCACAAGUCUUAAAGUGGCCAAGGUUGGAGACCACUGUGUUAAAAUGGUUUUCUUUUCUAACCCUGAUUCGAUUUCAGGCUCCUAGGAACCCACUGUUCUUUUUGGCCCUCUGCUUGUUCACUCUCCUUUCUCACCAUCAGCAUAUCCAGACCAUGAAAGAACUAGAUAUCCAUUUAACCAUCUUCUCUAAGUUUGCCUUGUCUUGAAAAAAAAUAGGUGUGUGGGAUUGCAUGCGCUUCAAGGAGCUGUGGAUUUUUGUCAUUCCCGGUGUGCUUUAAGCCUUACAUCUGACGGUCA